AAGAACAGCGAUGGGUGAGGGGCCAACCUCUCCACAUGUGACUACAGUGUCCAUUUCUAGAGGAAGAGUGGCACACUCGGUCACGGUGUGUUCUUGCCCUUUCGUUGGGAUUAGAGAUGUAAAAUAAUAAUAAUUCAACCGUUAAUGCGUGUUUUUGUUUGUUUGUUACAUAUAUCUUCAUAAGUUUAUUUCAUCUCAUUAUUGAUCGGAUUUUCCCCCCUUUAUUUUUCGUGUGGACAUUUUGAGAAAAAUACUUUUUUUUGUAUUUCUAAACUUUUCUUUCUAAAAUGUCAAAGUUUGCUCGCGUAUUUUUGUAGUCCACCUUCGUCUAUGGAAUCAUCUUGGGGAUAUUAGAAAUAGCCUAACGGACAUGGAGGAGUUUAUCAACUUUUCCCACACAAGGUGCCUUUUGUUCGUGAAUAAGGCAGCGUGCUUUUGGAAGACUAGACCAUGAGGGAACCCAUCGAGCGCACAACUGUCGAUUAGGCGACUGGUUGCUUGAGAGCGUCAAACUAAAAUGAACGAUGCAGCCGUGUAUACGAUGUAAAAUACAACAACGAUCAACCGGAGGACUGUUUGAAUAGGCAGCGGGAGUCUGGAGAAGAGAAGGAGAUUGGCAGAAGCUAUUAAAGAAGACAUUCCGUGACAGCAGCAGAUCCCGACACUGCUUCAUCACAGGAUGAGGAUGAAAUACACAAUCUCCCUUGUCUUCAUUGUGGCACUGGUCAUCAUUGAGAAGGAAAACAACAUUAUCUCACGGGUUUCAGACAAGCUCACCCCAAAGCAGACCCCCCAGACACCCCUUCAGCCCAGUAACUCUGCGUCAGCCCUGGGUCUCCUGAAGUUGAAUGGCUCCUCCUUCUCUACCCUGAGCAAGCUGGACCCUGUCUUCACCCUCAUGAAGAGACGCCUGGAGAACUACACCGAGCAGAGGUCAGAGGUCAUAGGGUCAGCUGGAAACAGAAAGCACAUCCUCCUAUUGGCCACCACGCGGACAGGCUCCUCCUUCGUGGGCGAGUUCUUCAACCAGCAGGGAGACAACAUGUUCUACCUGUUCGAGCCGCUGUGGCACGUGGAGAGGUCGCUGACAUUAGAGGGCGGCGGGACCAAUGCCACAGCCGCCGCCCGGGCCUACCGGGAAGUCCUCCAGGGGCUCUUCCUGUGUGACUUCACCCCUCUGGAGAGCUUUAUUGACCCACUUCCUGUAGACCACGUCACCUCAGCCCUGUUCAGGAGAGAAUCUAGCAGCUCUCUCUGUGAGGAGUCCGUCUGUAGCCCGUUCGUUAAGAAAGUCUUUGAACGCUACCAUUGCCGGACCAGGAAGUGUGGUCCCCUCAACCUGACCACGGCGUCCGAGUCAUGCCAGCAGAAGGAGCACAGGACCAUUAAAUCCGUCCGGGUGCGCCAGCUGGAGACCCUGAGACCCCUCGCCGAGGAUCCUCGUCUGGAUAUCAAGUUCAUCCAGCUGGUGAGGGACCCCAGGGCGGUUCUGGCCUCCCGUAUGGUGGCCUUCUCCGCCAAGUACAACAACUGGAAGAAGUGGGCGGUGGACGGAGACGUGCCCAUUGACGACGACGAGGUGAGGAAGCUGAAAGGCAACUGCGACAACAUCAGGAUGUCUGCGGAGGUCGGCCUGAGGCAGCCGUCUUGGCUGAGGCGGAGGUACAUGCUAGUACGGUACGAGGAUAUCGCUAGAUUCCCUAUGAGGAAGGCAGCGGAGAUGUACAAGUUCACCGGGAUCCCGUUCACUCCUCAGGUAAAAGACUGGGUGUUAAAGAACACCCAGGCUUCCAAUGAAGCUAGUGGAGUGUAUUCAACACAGAAGAACUCCUCCGAGCAAGUGGAGAAAUGGAGGUUCAGCAUACCGUACAAACUAGCCCAGGUGGUGCAGAGGGUUUGUGGACCCACGAUGAAACUGUUUGGGUACAAGUUUGUGAACAGCGAGGCGAUGCUGACGGACAAGUCUAUCAGUUUGAUCGAAGAAAAGAUUUUCAUACAAAACUUUUCAUAGACAUUUUACGGUAACUCUGAACUCUGCUCAUCAGACAAAGUGGACCAACAGAUAAGAUUAUGAAGUGAUAUUUGUGAGGAUAUUUAUUGGGGACUGUACUAGUAUACAACAGAGUAAUGUAUAAGACACUUUAUAGAUACAUAUUAAAUUAUAACAUGUUACACUCCAGGGUGUAGAAGGAAAUACACAUUUUUGUGUGUAAUGAAAAGGAACGAAUACAAAAACAAGUACUACCUUUUAACUUUUUACAGGGACAUUUAACAAAAGAAAACCCUUGGUACAUGAGUACUACAUGGUAGAAAACACUUGUUAUAUAAGUACUACAUGGUAGAAAUCCCUUGUUACAUGAGUACUACAUGGUAGAACACCAUGGUAGAAAUCCCUUGUUACAUGAGUACUACAUGGUAGAAAACCCCUUGGUACAUGAGUACUACAUGGUAGAAAUCCCUUGUUAUAUGAGUACUACAUGGUAGAAACACUUGUUAUAUAAGUACUACAUGGUAGAAAUCCCUUGUUACAUGAGUACUACAUGGUAGAACACCAUGGUAGAAAUCCCUUGUUACAUGAGUACUACAUGGUAGAACACCAUGGUAGAAAUCCCUUGUUACAUGAGUACUACAUGGUAGAAAUCCCUUGUUACAUGAGUACUACAUGGUAGAAAACCCCUUGGUACAUGAGUACUACAUGGUAGAAAUCCCUUGUUACAUGAGUACUACAUGGUAGAAAUCCCUUGUUACAUGAGUGCUACAUGGUAGAAAACCCUUGUUAUAUGAGUACUACAUGGUAGAAAACCCCUUGGUACAUGAGUACUACAUGGUAGAAAUCCCUUGUUACAUGAGUACUACAUGGUAGAAAAUCCCUUGUUACAUGAGUACUACAUGGUAGAAAACACUUGUUAUAUGAGUACUACAUGGUAGAAAUCCCUUGUUACAUGAGUACUACAUGGUAGAAAACACUUGUUAUAUGAGUACUACAUGGUACAAAUCCCUUGUUACAUGAGUACUACAUGGUAGAAAUCCCUUGUUACAUGAGUACUACAUGGUAGAAAACCCUUGUUACAUGAGUACUACAUGGUAGAAAACACCUUGUUACAUGAGUACUACAUGGUAGAAAUCCCUUGUUAUAUGAGUACUACAUGGUAGAAAUCCCUUGUUAUAUGAGUACUACAUGGUAGAAAACACUUGUUAUAUGAAAAGUUGUUUGUUAUGCACCUUUACCACCUUUUCACCCCAGGUAAUUCAAGCUUUUUAAAUCUGGUUUUAGGGUGGCCAAGCUUGAGUCCUUGAACAGUUUCCCUGUUGAAGUGUAUUUUUUUUUCUGUCAAGCCACGGGUUAAUAACAGUAGCUGGUUUUUAACUGAGCUGUAGAGAAGGGAGUUAAAUGAAUGGCUUUGCUCUGUGUGUGUGGAAAGCAAGACAGUGGCAGGACAUUCCAAUGUCUUUGGUCUUGUAUGUUCUAUAGCAUUUACCUAUAAAGAAGGGAUGUUCUUUCAUGUUAAUUUAAUAUAUUAUGUUAUUUGUAUUGAGAUUGAGAGAUUAUGGCCAUGGCUUUUGCACAUGCUACAUAGAUGGAUAGUUUUCUCCCCGCUAACUGAUGGGACCCCUUACUUCCAGACCUGGGUUCAAAUAGUAUUCAAAAUCUUUCAUACGGUUUUAGCAUUUGCUUUAGCCUGCCAGGAGUGCCAUAUGGGUGGGAUUUGCUGUUUUUGAGAUUAUUCUAUUGGUUAAUAACACCAGCUAAAGUAUUUGAAAUGAUUUCGAAUACUAUUUGAACCCAGGUCUGCUUCGUGAACACAUCGGCUAGGUGAGUGAGUAUCUGUACAUGCAUGUUGCUGUUUUAGUUUUAAUUGGCUGUUAGUGUUUCGCGUCGUGGAAGUCGACGGUGAGCGUAGCGACUCAUUCUGUAAAAACAGAUGUCUUCGGUGGUCCUGUAUGUACAGACAUUGUGUGUCCCAAAAGGCACCCUGUUCCCCAUAAUGCACCAUAGGGAAUAGACACAUACAUUCCUCCUGCAGCUGGUUUGCAGAAUUGUGUGAGGUUUAUCAGCAGCUUUCUGUCCUUUGACACAAGUCUCCUGGCUGGUGAUGAUGGACGAGAAGAGGACCCGGGGACUAAAAGACUGGGUGUACGUUCCAAAUGGCACCCUAUUCCGUAUAUGGUGCACUAUUUUUGACCACUGCCCCAUUGGGAUCUGGUCAUAGGUAGUGCACUAUGUAGGGAAUAGGUUGCCCUUUGGGAGGCGUUAUGGUUUUUGUCUAUAUGUAUGCCUAUGCCCUUUCUCAUUCUGGUGUUAAGUUUACUUUUCAUUUCAGUGGAAUUCACUAUUGUUGUAUGUGGUUGUUUGGCCUUUUACUGUACAAGUAAAUUGAACACUGACAAGUCUA